CACACGAGGUAUACGAACGCUUGUCUAAUCUGGAGAACUUUGAAGACAUCGGCUAAUAACAAUAAAAUAGGCAAUAAACAAAUUACUUCGCUGCAAAACAUAGGCAGACAGAGAGAGUGUGCGAGAGAGCUAAAACAAUAUCGGGAGAGACACUGUGGAGAAGCCCAAGCCCCACACAUCAAAUGAGCGUUAAAUUAAAAGAACGUUACCCAAACGACGCCGGAUCAGUCAGCCACUGACAACGAACCCGAAACGAACGAACCAACCGAGACAGACAAACGCGACGGGUAAACAACACAAAAACCACAACCAAAAAAAAAAAACAACGAAAAGAUAAUUACAAACCAACAUAAAAAAACAAUUCGGAAUAUUAACUAAUUAAAGCCAACGAUCCAUCCACAAAAUGCGCAACGCGAAUGAGGAUCACUCCGUCUCCGUUUCCGUCUCUGCGUCUGCAUCUGCAUGUGCAUCUGCCACCCCAAGCACGCCAUGCCAGAGCCAGAGGCAGGCAGAAGACCGAAAACUGAUUCGGCGGCUCCUCAUGGAGCUGCUGGUGAUAGUGGUGCUUCUCAUUCCCAUCUGCAUCUACGAGUUCGCGGUGGAUCCGGUGCGGCGCGGCUUCUUCUGCGACGAUGAGAGCAUCAGCUACCCCUUCAGGGACAACACGAUCACGCCGGUGAUGCUGGGUUUGAUCAGCGGCCUGUUGCCUCUACUGGUGCUACUGCUCGUGGAGUACGUGAGGCACAUGCGCGCCGGCGAGCUGUCUACCACUGUCCACCUGCUCGGCUGGCGGAUGUCCACGUGGUACGUGGAGCUGUUCCGUCAGGCCGCCUACUUCAGCUUCGGCCUGCUGCUCACCUUUGACGCCACCGAGGUUGGAAAGUAUACCAUUGGCCGCCUACGGCCGCACUUCCUGGCCGUGUGCCAGCCCCAACUGACGGACGGAACGCUCUGCUCGGAUCCGGCCAACCUGCACCGCUACGUGGAGAACUACGAGUGUGUCGCCGAGGGCUACACCGUCGCGGAUGUGCGCCAGGCGCGCCUCAGCUUCCCCAGCGGCCACUCCAGCAUUGUGUUUUACACCAUGGUCUACGUGGCGCUCUACCUGCAGCGUAAGCUCACCUGGCGCAGCUCCAAGCUGACCCGCCACUUCCUCCAGUUUAUCUUCGUAAUGCUGGCCUGGUACACGGCCCUCAGCCGCGUCAUGGACUACUGGCACCACUGGUCCGACGUCCUCUCCGGAUCCCUGCUCGGAGUAACCGGUGCCCUGAUCACGGCCCGAUAUAUAGCGCGGUUCUUCGACUCGCCAUACGAGAGCGUGUCGGGCAUCUUGAGCGGUGGCCUGCGCAGGCAGAACACCUCGGCCACGCUCCAAGAGGAAGUGUGUCCCACCACACCACCACCCUACUCGGCGAACAGCAACUACAACGAGGAACAGUAUUGCUCGAAGGUCUGAGCUGAGAUCCACCCAUGUAAAGAACAUUCCAAAGCCAAGAUCAGGCCUCUCGAGGCCUUGAUAAAAUAAAGUAUCGAUGAGACGAGAUGUAAACA